AUGGGCAGCGUAUUGGAAAAGAAUUCGUCUCUGGUGCGCAAGAGGAUAGAAGAUCACAAGUUUCAAGAUGAGGAGGGUGACGAGUAUGAGGGCAGCAAGUUUGGUGGAUUUGGCGACUACUUCCGCCGCAAGAAGAUUAAGCUGCAGAAUCUCGACGCCGAUCUGCGUGCCGCUUCUGACAAACCUCAGAUUUUCAAGGGAAUAGUUGCUCAUAUUACCGGCUAUACUCAGCCGCCCCUGCAUGUCCUUCAUCGCGAAAUCGUGGAGCACGGCGGCGGCUUCAUUCAAUACUUGGACUCGAAGACAAUGGCUACCCAUAUCAUUGCUUCCACUCUACCUCCGAAAAAGAGCGUUGAUUUUGGCCGAUACCGGAUCGUCAAACCCGCAUGGAUCGUGGACUCGGUGGCCGCUGGCAAGUUGAUGCCAUGGGGCGAUUAUCGUGUGCUGGAUGAAGGACCGAGACAAAAGGUCCUAAGAUUUGAUGAUGAACGAGGCAUGACGCAGGCCAGUCCAGAAGCUAGGCGGGGAUACAAGGAGCAGACCGACAAUAGCUUCUACACAUCACAGUUCAAGUCGUCUACAACCGAUCCCAGUCAGUCUUUGAGCCGAUUCGGAGAAGAGACACCAACUCCAUCAAAGCCCUCAGUUUCGCUCGCUUCCAACGAACAACAGAAACCGGCCGAUAGAUGCCAAUAUCUGAUGACGUCUCCCAAAUCCUACCUCUGCAGAAACAUGGAAAGCCAAGGUGUAGUGACACCCACCCGCCAUGACACCCAGAAUCAUAAAGUUAUGGGACCUCCAGAACAAAGUCGUGGAGUAGUCGAUACUAGGAGUCCCUCUCCAGUUGCGGAGCCAGCCAAAGAAAUGACGUCUGAGGAGCACAAUGCUUGGUUGUUAUCAGACCCCCGUUUACGCAAGUCAUCGACAGCAAACCCCGAGUUUCUCAAGCAAUUUUACUCCGAAAGCCGACUGCAUCAUCUCUCCACCUGGAAGGCAAGCCUAAAGUCAGCAAUGCAGCGACUAGCUGCCGAGAAAGGGUUGACGCAAAGGAUGUUUAAAAAGAAGCCAGGCGCGCGGGGCUACAUUAUGCACGUUGACUUUGACAGUUUUUUUUGUGCUGUAUCGCUGAAGAAACAUCCCGAGUAUGCCGACAAACCUACCGUUGUGGCACACAGCAGUGGUCCAGGGUCUGAAAUUGCAAGCUGUAAUUACCCAGCUCGCGAAUUCGGAGUCAAAAAUGGAAUGUGGAUGAAACGGGCUACAGAGCUGUGUCCUGAUCUCAAAGUUUUGCCAUACGACUUUCCCGCGUACGAAGAAGCUAGUCGGUUGUUUUAUGACUCAAUUUUGUCUAUCGGAGGAGUCGUGCAGAGCGUCAGUGUUGACGAGGUUUUGAUAGACGCUACUGCUGUUGUGUACUCUACGUCGGACUCCCAGGGCAUUGGCAUUGAUGAAGGAAAUGUCUGGCGAGAACAGGAGAAGGCAGAUGAGAUUGCUGCAAGGCUCAGAGAGAGCAUCAAAACCAAAACCGGAUGCGAUGUUUCUGUUGGCAUCGGUGGUAACAUUUUACAGGCCAAAGUCGCGCUGCGAAGAGCCAAACCAGCCGGGCAAUUUCAGCUCAAGCCAGAGAGUGUCCUGGAUAUCGUGGGCGAAUUGACAGUCGAGCAACUACCUGGCGUUUCUCACAGCAUCGGCGGAAAGCUUGAGGAGCUGGGAAUCAAAUUUGUCAAAGACGUUCGGACCGUGUCAAAGGAGCGUCUUGCUGGUGCCCUGGGACCAAAGACCAGCGAGAAACUCUCAGACUAUGCUCGCGGCAUUGACCGAACGGAGGUUGGAGAGCAGCCACCACGAAAGUCCGUGUCCGCUGAAGUCAGCUGGGGAAUUCGGUUCAUUAGCCAACAAGAGGCAGAAGAGUUUGUGUUCAACUUGUGCAAGGAGUUGGAGAAGCGUCUUGUGAAUGAGCAGGUCAGGGGCACGCAUCUCACCAUGAAGAUUAUGCGAAGAUGCCUGGACGCACCGUUGGACCCGGCCAAACAUCUGGGCCAUGGCAGGUGUGACACUUUCAACAAGAGCGCAACAUUUGGUGUGGCGACGCACAACUCCGAAACUAUUGGUAAAGAGGCCGUCGCUAUCUUGAGAUCAUUCAAAUUUAGUCCUGGUGAUUUGCGUGGUCUGGGCGUGCAAAUGACCAAACUGGAACCGAUCAAGGCACAACAAGCCCGGCCCACCGAGAGUAGUCAACGGACACUGAACUUUGGUCCGUUUGUAGGUCCCUCUUCCGCGAAGAAGCCAUCCCGAACUGAGGCCAUUGAUGAUAUCGAAAGCCCGCAAAGGCCGAAGCGAUCUCCUGGCCAUGGCAUAGACACGGAUCCUAUUGCCGAUGAUCCACUGACGCCUCGCAAGCCAAAGGUUCACCCUGCUAUGGCACUGUCAAAGGCCGCACAGGAAGAUGCCAAAGCCAACACUCCGUUGAAUGUAUCCGGGACUCAGUUUAUUCUCCCUAGUAACCCGGAUCCCGCCGUCAUUUCUGAAUUGCCGAAUGACAUCAGGAGUAGGUUAAUGGGUCAGCGAUCCCGACAGAGUCCUGCUCCAGAAGUACCAAGAUUGGAAGGCCCUGCAUCUAUGGAGGCGCUGCUCCCUUCACAGAUCGAUGCGGACGUCUUCAACGCUCUUCCUGAUGAUAUGAAAGCCGAAGUCCUGGCCACGUAUGGACGAAGACCUGCUGUACCCCAAUCUCCACGGAGAGACCAACAUCUUGUACAGCCACGGAAGCAAACGACGCCUACCAAACAAGGUGGCAUCCGGAGCAUAUUUGGCAAGGUCCAGCGUCAACGAGAUGCACAGACCGGGGUGGUUCAGACAAACUUCAGGACACUCAGGCCAGGGUCUGAGAGCCCCAUCGUGGAAGAAAUUGAGGAGCUGGACGCCGAGUUCCUCGCCGAGCUGCCAGAGGAUGUGCGCAAGGAAGUAGUUGCUGACCACCGCCGCCGAAGAAUGGCCCUCCGAUCAGGCCUCGACGCUCCACCGCGGAGACACGCUACUUCAGAUACAGAGAGUGUCUUGCCUGGUGGUCAGAGGAAGAUAACCUUUCCCGCCCCUCCGCGAAAAGUAGCGUUUGCCAGCUCAGGAGUCACCUCGACACGAGAAGUCAAGGACAUGCUUGAUGCCUGGCACACCCAGACACGGCAUGAUGGGCCACACAGUAGUGAUGUAGAGGUAUUUGACAAGUACCUGCAAAAGGUAGUCAAGGAGGAGCGAGACCUUGAAAAGGUCGUCAUUCUCAUCAAGUGGCUGCAUAUCCUUGUGGAACAGGAUGGAAGUCCGGGAAGGGGACAGGAAUCAUGGCGCGAAGCUGCAAAACAGGUCGAAAGUGCUGUGCAGGCUGCUGUAAAGGAGCGGGGAUUCGGGCCAUUGGAUAUUUAA